AUGAGCUACGUGCGUCGAGAUUCCAGUGGGUCUAUUACCUCUGCCGGAAUCAUGCACCAUCAAAGUAAGCUGGACGUCUUUAUCAUAAAAGCUCACCGGCUACUGUCGAACGGUGCAGUGAUCAACGGUGAAGACGUUAGCGUUUUCAACACGGCAUCCAGCUCACCCAAGUCAGGCGGGCCGGUAAAUGGAACGUCUCCUCAUAACGAUUUGACGCUUUUCCAACGAUUGUCACAGCUUUAUAAUGCGACAAUAUCUACCAGCCUACUGGACGACAAUUCCACGUCUCCCAAGUCAGCGAUUGAACUUUACCAGCGAUUUCAACAAAUUCUGAAAGAGCUGGAGCUGAGCUACGAAGUGAGUCCGUAUGGCAAGUACUUUCGCAAGCUCGAUAAUGGAAUGUGGCAGAUCAAAGAUGAUUCCGAGCUUCUGAGCGACCAACUAUGGCAGCUAGUAUCCGUGUCGAUAAGCACUGUAUAUGAUGCCAAAACAGGCCAGAUGUUGAACCAAACUCGGCGGCGGGUUAACAGCAUGGCAACGUCGUCCAAGAAUUCGCCGUCAGAAAUCAUCGACAACACACUGCCACAGCAGUUACAAAAACGAUUACAGAAAUUGCAACAAGAUAGUCGGCACAACUACUACUCGACGUCGCCUGUGAGCCCAUCCUUGGUACCGAACGGUAAUGGAAUACGCUCAGUUCACAGCAACAAUUCCAGCGGCGGAGAGGCUGCUUCUCUCAAUUCUAACAGCAACAUCAACAUGAAUAAGGUCGGUCCCAUUAAUAAUCCUACAAACAUCAGCAGCAACAUCAGCAGUAACAACAACAUCAGCAACAACAGUAACAAUAACAAUAACAACAGCAACAACAAUAACAACAACAACAACAACAACAACAUCAAUACCAACUCUAACUCAAUCAACAACAACAACAACAACAACAACAUUAAUGGUAACAUCAACAACGCGCUCAUGAAUACUCAGAACAAGCGCAAAUACAUGGGUGUGGGCACCCCGGAUGAAGACGCUGUCGAGGAGCUUCUACAGCUAGCAACCAAGAAAGCCAAGUCCGACCUCCCCACCAUUAAUGAGGAUAUGUCGCAGCCCUCACCAAUGGGACAUAGCAUGGCUACCGAUACUUCCAGUGUCUACGAACGUCUGCUGCAGGAGAAAGACUUCAGAAUCAAACAACUCGAGACUGACCUUGAGACGCAACGGCAAGAAACGCAAUGGCUGCGAAAGAUGCUAUUAGAAGAUAUGGCGUGCGUUAGAAGCAUGCUCCACAAGAUGAGCCGCAAUCGCCCAUGA